CUUUAUUGAUUCUCUCGAGUGCUUGCUUUUUCACUCCAGCGGUUUGAACAAGAAGAGACGGGACGAGGGAUAGGCACGAAUGUUUCAAGAAAAAGCCAUUUCCCAACCCAAAAAGCCGGAGCCAAAACCAUUGAUCACCCUCCAAAGUUUAAGCCUUUGAUUCCAAACCGCUUUCCCUCCCUCUUUCUCACUGCGAGAUAUGCCGAUGCCCACCACAACCUCAAAACCCCGUGCACUUUAUUCUCUGCUUGUUGCUGCUGCUCACUCUUGAGACCGGUUUAGUGGGUUUACUCUAAAAGCUAUGGAUCCUUCCCUUCUCGAUGGUAUAAUCAACCGAUUGCUUGAAGUCCGGGGCCGGCCGGGGAAGCAAGUGCAGCUUUCGGAGUCCGAAAUCAGGCAGCUGUGUUUACAAUCCAAGGAAAUCUUCUUGCAGCAGCCGAAUCUGUUGGAGCUUGAAGCACCCAUCAAGAUCUGCGGUGAUAUCCAUGGUCAAUAUUCUGAUCUUCUAAGACUUUUUGAAUAUGGGGGGCUGCCUCCUCAAUCAAAUUACUUGUUCUUGGGGGAUUAUGUGGAUCGUGGGAAGCAAAGCUUGGAAACAAUAUGCCUUCUCCUGGCAUACAAAAUAAAAUAUCCUGAAAACUUUUUCCUUCUGAGGGGCAACCAUGAAUGUGCUUCUGUAAACCGUAUUUAUGGAUUUUAUGAUGAGUGCAAGCGAAGAUUCAAUGUCAGACUAUGGAAAGUCUUCACCGAGUGUUUUAACUGCCUGCCUGUGGCUGCCCUCAUUGAUGAAAAGAUACUUUGUAUGCAUGGAGGGCUUUCUCCUGACCUGCAUGAUUUGGACCAAAUCCGUAACUUACAACGUCCAACUGAUGUUCCAGAAACUGGUUUACUAUGUGAUCUACUCUGGUCAGAUCCAAGUAAAGAUGUUAGAGGGUGGGGGAUGAAUGACAGGGGAGUUUCCUUUACCUUUGGCCCUGAUAAAGUGUCCGAGUUUCUUCAGAAGCAUGAUCUUGACCUUAUAUGUCGUGCCCACCAGGUUGUGGAAGAUGGAUAUGAGUUCUUUGCUGACAGACAACUUGUAACAAUAUUUUCGGCUCCUAAUUACUGUGGAGACUUUGAUAAUGCUGGUGCAAUGAUGAGCGUGGAUGAAACUUUAAUGUGUUCCUUUCAAAUAUUGAAGCCUGCAGAGAAGAAGCCAAAGUUUGGUUUUGGAAACACAACUAGAGUAAAUCCAGGAACACCUCCAACAAAGACCAAGUCGUUCCUUGGUGUGUAGGCAUGAUGAAUUAGUUGAUUAAAUCUAAAAAUCCUCCAAGAAAGGUGUCUUCUUCAAUUUUUGCAUCGGCAGCAAGUCGUUUCAGUGCAAUGGAUUAACGCGGUGGAGGCACCAUCUUUGCGCAAAGUAAUUAUGUGUAAGAUUUCCUUCCUCUGGUAUAAGAAUGGAAGGCUGUAAGUUUUUCCUUUCACUCCUGCAUGUACAAUACAAGCUGCUACAUAGCAAGGGAAUUGGGAUCGCUCCCUGAACGCAAGAAUUGCUCACCUCUUGCGAUACACUUUUAACUGUUAAAAUCCGAAAAGACACCAUGCGAGUCUGACUUUGGAACAUCCUGGGAAAGUGGAUUCUUUCUCCCUUUGGGUUUCUGCGUCAUAUUUGAGUAAGUGGACUGUGUGCUCUUCUAAGGUAAGCAAGAACAUAAAUGCAUUAUUGUUUGUGCUGUGUC